UCUGCCCAGUAGGUGGGACUUGGUGACUUUCGCACCGGUUUCCGUUAUUUAUUUAUUUCCGCGGCUGCCUCCCCAGCCUCCCGUUGCAAUCCUCCGGAGCGGCUGGCGGGGAGCGGCGGGCGGGCGGCCGGGCCGGCAUGCAUCCAUCCCCGGCCGCUGCCGCUGCCGGAGCGGGAACUACAGCUUCUCCCAGCCAGCUGCCAGCAUGAUUUCAUCUGCUGGAGGAUUUUUGCAUCUGAUCGCUUGAGGUUUUCUUCUGGCUAUUUUUUUUUCUUUAAUUUUUUUUUCUUAUUAUUAUUUUUUUUUUUGGUGUUGUGGUUUUUUUUUUUCCCUCCCUCUCUCUUUGUUUUCUUCCCCCUUCCCCCCCCUUCCCCUCCCUUCACCCCCCCCCCCUCCCCCCCGUCCUCCUCCUCUUUUUUAGAAGCAGCAAUCGGAGAUGGAUGUCUCUCUUUGCCCUACCAAGUGCACUUUCUGGAGGGUAUUUUUGCUUUGGAGCAUUUGGGGAGACUAUCUGCUUUCGGUGCUGGCUUGCCCUGCUAAUUGUCUUUGCAGCAAGACAGAGAUCAAUUGCAAGAAGCCGGAUGAUGGGAACCUCUUCCCUCUCUUGGAAGGGCAAGAUUCAGGCAGCAGCAAUGGCAACACGAGCAUCAAUAUCACGGACAUCUCAAGGAACAUCACUUCCAUACACAUAGAGAACUGGAAGAACUUGCAGACGCUGAACGCUGUUGACAUGGAGCUGUACACAGGACUCCAGAGGCUGACAAUCAGGAACUCAGGACUACGAAACAUCCAGCCCCGCGCCUUCGCCAAGAACCCUCACCUGCACUACAUAGACCUCUCUGGGAACCGGCUCACCACUCUCUCAUGGCAACUCUUCCAGACCCUGCGACUCUAUGAACUGAAACUAGAGAGGAACCCUUUCAACUGCAGCUGUGACAUCCGCUGGAUCCAGCUGUGGCAGGAGAAGGGCGAGGCCAGCCUGCAGCGCCAGGAGCUGUACUGCAUGAACGUGGACGCAGGCAUCAUCCGCCUGCAGGAGAUGAACAUCAGCCAGUGCGACCUCCCUGAGAUCAGUGUGAGCCAUGUGAACCUGACAGUGAGGGAAGGGGAGAAUGCAGUCAUCACCUGCAACGGCUCGGGCUCGCCGCUGCCCGACGUCGACUGGACGGUGGCAGAUCUCCACUCCAUCAACACACACCAGACCAACCUCAACUGGACCAACGUUCAUGCCAUCAAUCUGACCUUGGUGAAUGUCACCAGUGAGGACAAUGGGUUCCUGCUUACCUGCAUUGCUGAGAACGUGGUGGGCAUGAGCAAUGCCAGUGUGCUGCUCACCGUCUACUAUCCCCCUCGCAUCCUGACUCUGGAGGAGCCAGUGCUGCACAUGUACCACUGCAUUGCCUUUGCAGUGCACGGGAACCCAGCUCCCACCCUGCACUGGCUGCACAACGGCCAGCUCCUCAGAGAGACAGAGAUCAUCCACAUGGAGUUCUACCAGCAAGGGGAAGUGUCUGAGGGCUGCCUGCUCUUCAACAAACCCACUCACUACAACAACGGCAACUACACCAUCGUGGCCACCAACCAGCUGGGCUCAGUCAACCAAACCAUCAAAGGACACUUCCUUGAGAAGCCCUUUCCAGAGAGUACAGACAACUUCGUCUCAAUUGGUGAUUACGAAGUGAGUCCCACCCCACCCAUCACUGUGACCCACAAGCCGGAGGAGGACACUUUUGGGGUCUCCAUCGCGGUCGGGCUGGCAGCUUUCGCCUGUGUCCUCUUGGUCAUCCUCUUCAUCAUGAUCAACAAGUACGGCCGGCGCUCCAAGUUUGGCAUGAAAGGUCCGGUGGCGGUGAUCAGCGGCGAGGAGGACUCGGCCAGCCCCCUGCACCACAUCAACCACGGCAUCGCGGCGCCGUCGGCGCUGGAGGCGGGCGCGGACGCGGUGGUGAUCGGCAUGACUCGCAUCCCGGUGAUCGAGAACCCGCAGUACUUCCGCCAGGGCCACAGCUGCCACAAGCCAGACACCUUUUUGCUCUUUUUUUGGUUUUUCGUUUACUUUAUUUUGCUUUUUUCUUUUGUCUGUUUUUUUUCCCCCUUUAGGUUUCAGAGAAAUUAUGUUGAAUCCAAUAAGCCUCCCUGGACAUUCCAAACCUCUUAACCAAGGCAUUUAUGUUGAGGAUGUCAGUGUUUAUUUCAGCAAAGGACGUCAUGGCUUUUAAAAAACAAAACAAAACAGAACAAAACAAAAGCUCCUUAAAAGUCCCUGUUCUGAUGUCAAGUUUAUAGGCUGUGCCCUCAGAAAUGGUGGGAAGCAGUAAGCGUGGUCUGUAUGGAUUGAGGUCUCCUCCUAAUAGGACUCUGCAGCCCUGCCUGUACACACCUUAAAAAGCCAACUGAAACUGUGGUUUUUCUGUCACCAGAUAAACAGGGUUGUUCUUUUAUUCUUCCCUCCCCCCCCCACUCCUCCUCCUCCUCUUCCCCCUCCAAUGGUCGCUGUGUUCAUUAAAUGUCCCCUGCGAGGCACAAGAAGCAGCAAUGAGAGCAAAUAAAGAGAAUUAAAAACCCCACUUGAAAGGAGUCAUCCUCAUGACACAAGCCAAAAACCAUUGUACUUUAAACUCACACACACACACACUCAACCCAAACCCUGACAAACCCAACCCAAGCCAACCAAACUCUGACAUCUUUUAGCCAUGUCCUCCCAGCUCGGAGGUUUUGAUUCCCUUUGUGAGCUCUGUCGUCCUUCGCAACGCCCAGCGAACGCUGCCAGCGCCCUCCCUUUACGCGGCGCCGCCAUGGGAGGUCUCCCAGAGCCAAGCCGAGGUGGGGAGCCUGGAAGAAACUUAAAGCAGAAGGAAGACUUUUGGUAAGAGCAAAGGCAGCCCUGCUCCCAGUUCUUGCACAGAGAAAUAAUGUUGGAAGGAAUAACAGAGAGAGAGGGAAGAAAGCAAGCAAGCCGAGCGGUCUUACUUCUCUGACAGGAAGAGGAUGUGGGUGUCUUUGAAGUGCACCUAUCCUAGGAGGCUUUCUUUUUGUCUGUCUGUCUGUCUGUGUGUGUUAGAGAGGCUCUCUGGAUCUGACUGUGUCGUUGUUGCACUCUGGUCUCUCCCUGCUGCUUGAGUGAUGAGCUUUAUCUGAGGGCUCGCCUGGGCUUCCCGCCUGGACGGCAGUCUGGAGCACAGGGGAGUCUGUGUCCUUGCCAGGGCUAGGGCAGGAGGCAAAGUGGGAAAACCAUAUCAGACGCACUCAGGUCCCAGCUGCUGGGCCUUUUCCAGCCCCUUUAGCUCUCCCCUCUAUUCCUACCCGACUAGAGGUUGAUUGUAACCCAGUCACGUACCCAGAGCCAUCAGCUUGAGGCUGGCUGACUGAAGGAGGAGAAAAGACAGAAGAGUGUUCUCUUGCUUCUUCUCUGGCAUAAACAGGAAUAUCGAUCCUGUUCUCUGGCCAAUGUUUGUAUUCCCCCCCUCCCAUCCCACUUUUGUCUUACUUCAUCCAAAGCCUCUCAGAUGGAAAAGGAAACCCUUUGAUCCUGUCCUUAAGAGAAGCCAACUGCCCUCGCAGCCGCUUGCCAGGACUCUUGUGGAUGUCAGGUGCACGGGAAGCGCGGAGUUGCUCACACAUGUCCCUGAUAACCUGUAAGCAAGGCAGAUUUUCUCUGGAGGAGGAAAAAAACCAACCCAACAAACCUCCAAAAGCUUCAGGUCUGGCCAGAUCCUUUUCUGAAAGGAGCAUGGAACCAGGAGCUUGCUCACCAGCCACUCAGCUCUGCUCGCCUUCUUGGUGGCCACAGAUGACCUUAAUCGCAUCAGAGAUGUCUCUAAACCACCAGCCCUGAAGGGUUGCUGCCACUGGAAAGAAUCGGGGUCCUGCUCUGCCAGAAGUGGGUAGAAGCCUCAGAAUGGGAUGUUCUGCUUCAUCUUGCCUUUACAGGUGACCUGCACGAACCACCCUGGAGACUGCCAGGAGGUUUUGUUAUCAGCUUUCCCACAGAGACGGCCCUGGGGAUAUUCCAUUCUCUUGCUUCUUCUCCUGGUCCGUUCGCAUGAAACAAAAGGUCAAGUGCAAUAGAAGGGUGCAGGAGGAACGGUGGCAGAUUGCUUUAAGUUAAUGGACAUGCCUUAGGGGGGCAUCUGCUUUAGGAUGAGGAGGCCUGGCUCAGGCUGGAUGGCUUCAGAAACCAUGACCAAAACUCCCAGCGAUGCUUCCUGCCCGCAUCGGAGCUGGAAACGCAAGAGGUGCACUGCCAGAGAGGACCUGCGGCCGCGCCCUCCACACCUCAGUUCUACAGAUUCACAGAGCCAGGAGGAGCUUCACCAAGCAUGUGAAUCACUGGGUGCUUGUCUGAACUGAACCCCCCCUCCCCCCACAGCCUGGAGGUCUCUCCACCUGGCCUGGGGGUGCCUUGUCCAUCUGAACUGUCUCCUUUCCCCAGCACCCUUCAGGGGACUCUGCUCUCAACUGUGCGUAUCAGCCGUAGAGAUACAUCCAUCAGCCUGGACCAGAAGCCUGUAUCCAGAGGAAAGGUGGAAUUUUGCAGCUCAGGUCCAUCUCUGCUUAGAAGAAGUCCUCUGGAGCGUCCAGCAUAAUUCAAAGCAGUUCUCCCCACUGUGAUGGAUGUUCCUCCAUUUGUUUUAACACCACUUUUAAGAGUCUCUGGUUUCCUCACCGCUGAAAAACCUAAAGCCAGGUCCCGGCUGUUUGCAAUUUGGUGGCUUUAAGUAGCAAGUUUAAAGGAUGGGGGUUGCUUUGUUUUGUUUGUUUGUUUGUUGGGUUUUUUUUAAAGGAAAGAAACAAAACCCCUCAGCCUUUAAUUUUAUUUUUAAUUAUUGUAAAUCAUUACCUCAUUUCCCCUCCACCCCCACAAUGAGACCCCUCCACCUUUUGAGCGUUUCUUCUCUUGCCAUGACUCUCAUCCUGUGCUAAGGGGAAAUGGGACAGUCCCUUUUCACAGAGACUUCUAGGGGUGUUCAAUGUCUAGUUUCUUAAUAAACACUUUAUUUUCUAACGAAA